AAUUGAAUUGUGGUCACACUCGGAUAGCUUUAAGAAAGCUCUUUAAAAGAAAAAAAUGUUAAUUUGUUUACAUUAAAUCAAUCCAAUCAGAUCUCACACAAAAGAUAACGAAAUGAGUUUGCACUAAGCUAUUUGCGAAGCAAAAGAGAGAAGAAAAAGGGAGAUAAUAACGGCGCCCACACGCGUUGAUAUCAUCAUCGUCAUCGUUGUUGUUGCAAUCGACAACGGGAAGGUGAAGAAGCACAAAUAGCUGCAAUUCAAUGUUGUGUUUAUGAGAGCUAUGGCCAAGUAGCAUACAAAACGGCAGCCAAGCAGAAGAAGAGCAAGCGAGCGAGCGAGCAAGCAAGAGAGCCAAUGUCCGGAAGCGAACAACAGCAGCAGGAGCAACAAAGGUAGCAGAAAGAAGAGAGCUGUAGCUGUGUCAGUGUGUUUGUGUUCGUGUUGAGUGCAAGUGCAAGUGCAAGUGUUAUACGGGCAGACCAAAAAACAGUGUGGCCAGUGACAUUGUUGUCAAGUUCCGUGGUACGAGAUUCGCUUGGCUGACGUUUAAUUUACAUGCUAGAUCGAGGAGAGUGGAGAGGAGAAGUGUGAUCUAUAGAUUUGAUUUUGUUGAACCUGGAUCAUCAACUUGCACUGCCAUUAGCUAUAUAAAUACAUAUAUACUUAGACUUAAUCUAAACAGCAGCAGAAGCAACAAUGUCCAAUUCCCAUUACAAUAACCACCAGCAACACCACAACAACUACCAGCAGCAACAGCAGCAGCAGCAACAACAGCAGCCGCAGCAUUCCAACAACAGCAAUGGUGACGAGGAUUACCAUCAACAGCAGCCGGUGCAUUACUCCCAGCACUAUAUGAAUGGCCAUGGGCCAAGGAUCAGGCCCAUGGACAGCGUCGCUGUGCCGGACAUGUGUCUCUUCUGCUUCGAGGUGCUCGACUGUGAACUGAACAACAUCGAUGGUCCUGGAGUGCCAAUGUUCAGCAACGAUGCCUAUCCGUUGUUUGUCACCUGGAAGAUCGGUCGGGACAAGCGUCUGCGCGGUUGCAUUGGCACCUUUAGCGCCAUGGAGCUGCACAAUGGUCUGCGCGAAUAUGCGUUGACCAGCGCCUUCAAGGAUUCACGCUUUGCUCCGAUUUCACGCGAUGAAUUCCCUCGUCUGACGGUCUCUGUGUCCAUUUUGCAGAACUUUGAGGAGGCCCAGGGACAUCUGGACUGGCAGCUGGGUGUGCAUGGCAUACGCAUAGAGUUCUUGACCGAGCGCGGCCUGAAGCGCACAGCCACCUAUUUGCCGCAAGUGGCCACCGAACAGGGCUGGGAUCAGUUGCAGACGAUUGAUUCGCUGUUGCGCAAGGGCGGCUAUCGCGGUGCGGUGAUCACCCAGGAGCUGCGCAAGUCGAUCAAGUUGACACGCUAUCGCUCGCAGGAGAUCCAGAUGCACUACAAGGAGUAUCGCGAGCAUUUGGAGCGACGCGGCGGCGGCGCUCAGCAGUACGGCAAGGUGCAGUGCUAACAGUCGCAGGAGGAGGAUGAGGAGGAGCAAUGAUCCUGGCUGCGGGCAAGCGUUGUGUUCGUCCUGCUGCUGCUCUUGCUGGGCCUGCAGUUGAGCCAGGGCAUGGGAUUCUUUGGCAGCAGCGUCAGUAGCAGCGGCGGCGGUAGUUUUCCCUUCACCUGAGAUCGCAUCGUUGCCCCGGAGAUUUUGAUUUCAACAGAUACAACAAAUAUAUUGUAUUCUUUCUUUGUCUUAUGACGCGUUUGCCACACAUUUCCGACGAAGAAGCGUGGUGAGCGAGAAUUUUAAAGUACUUUUUAUGAUUAUAUAUACACGGAGAUGAAGAGAAAUGCUUAAACUACUUAACGUUCACUUGAGAUAAUGUUUUAAUGCAUAUUACUCUAUAAAACGAUUCAUUUCAAAUUCAAAACAAAUAUUUGUAUUUUAAGUUCUUUAAACAAAACAAUAAAUGAAGAAGAGAGAAGUGAAGAAAUAUGAUUAACUAAACAACAAGUACAUAUAAUUGCAUGUGUAUGUAUAAAUAUUACAACUACCAAUACAAAAAAGAAAGAAAAAAACAAAAAAAGAAAAUAAAAUAAUUCAAUUAAAUAGUUCAACAA